GUCAGAGACUGCAGACAGGAUACAGGAGAUAGUCAGUGACUGCGGACAGGAUACAUGAGAUGGAGAUGGUCAGUGACUGUGGACAGGAUACAAAAGAUGGUCAGAGACUGAGGACAGGAUACAGGAGAUGGUCAGGGACUUCGGACAGGAUACAAAAGAUGGUCAGAGACUGCGGACAGGAUACAAGAGAUGGUCAGAGACUGUGGACAGGAUACAAGAGAUGGUCAGAGACUGUGGACAGGAUACAGGAGAUGGUCAGUGACUGCGGACAGGAUACAGGAGAU